GCUGAGCCCGCCCCGCCCGCCGGGGAGGGGAGCGUCACGGAGGCUGCUUGAAAUGCAGCGGAGCCUGAGCCCCAGCCGGAGCCCGAGCCCGAGCCCGAGCCGGAGCCGGAGCCCGAGCCCGAGCCCGAGCCCGAGCCGGCCGCAGCAGCCCCGCGGUCCGUACUCGGCCGGCUGAGGGCGCGGGGCGCUGCUGGGGCGCCGGGACCCCCGGCCAUGGGGCGGCCCGAGCUGCUGCCGGCGCUGCUGCUGCUGCUGCUGCUGCAUCUACUGGCCCCAGGGGCCGCCAAGGAGUGCGAGGAGAACCAGUUCCAGUGUGGGAACGAACGCUGCAUCCCCUCUGUCUGGAGAUGCGAUGAGGACAAUGACUGCGUGGACAACAGCGACGAGGAUGACUGCCCCAAGAAGACCUGCUCAGACAGCGACUUCACCUGCAACAACGGGCACUGCAUCCCCGAGCGCUGGAAAUGCGAUGGCGAGGAAGAGUGUUCAGACGGGUCUGAUGAGUCUGAGGCCACGUGCACCAAACAGGUGUGCCCCGCCGAGAAGCUGAGCUGCGGCCCCUCGAGCCACAAGUGCAUUCCCUCCUCCUGGCGCUGUGACGGAGAGAAGGAUUGUGAGACGGGCACCGAUGAGGCCGGCUGCACCACAGUCUGCUCCCCCAGCGAGUUCCAGUGCAGUAACCGGACAUGUAUCGCCACGGUUUUUGUGUGUGACGGGGAUGAUGACUGUGGGGAUGGCAGCGAUGAGCGGGGAUGCCCAGCCCAGGCCUGCGGUCCUCAGGAGUUCCGCUGCAAUAGCAGCGCCUGCAUCCCCGAGCGCUGGCUCUGCGACGGCCAGGCCGACUGUGAGGACCGGUCAGAUGAGGUGCCUGAGCGAUGCGGGCGCCAGGCGGGCACAGCGGCCCCGGCCACCUGCAGCGCCAGCGAGUACCCCUGCGGCAGUGGUGAAUGUAUCCACCUGACCUGGAAGUGUGAUGGGGACGCGGACUGCAAGGACAAGUCCGAUGAGGCCAGCUGUGCCGUGGUGUCCUGCCGUGCUGAGGAAUUCCAGUGUGCAGACGGCUCCUGUGUCCACGGGACCAAGCGCUGUAACCACGAGCGGGAUUGCCCAGAUGGCAGCGAUGAGGCUGGCUGCCUGCAGGAAUCCACAUGCGAAAGUCCCAGCAAGUUUCAUUGUAAGAGUGGAGAGUGCGUGGACAGCAGCAAAGUGUGUGAUGGUCGCGGAGAUUGUCGUGACCGGUCUGAUGAGCCAAUGAAAGAAUGUGAAGCUAACGAGUGUGCCCACAACAAUGGUGGCUGCUCCCACAUCUGUAAGGACCUAAAGAUUGGUUAUGCCUGCGAGUGCCCACCAGGAUAUGAGCUGCUGGACAAAAAGACAUGCGGAGACAUAAACGAGUGUGACAACCCGGAUGCCUGCAGCCAGAUCUGUAUCAACUACAAGGGUUACUUCAAAUGCGAGUGUCACCCGGGCUAUGAGAUGGACACACUCUCCAAGAACUGCAAGGCCGUCGCAGGCACGAGCCCCUCCCUGAUCUUCACCAACCGCCAUGAAGUGCGAAGGAUCAACUUGGGUAAGCGGGACUACUCGCCCCUCAUCCCCAUGCUCAAGAACGUGGUGGCCUUGGAUGUGGAGGUGGCCACCAACCGCAUCUACUGGUGUGACCUCUACUACCGGAAGAUCUACAGUGCUUUCAUCGACAAGGCCAAUGAUCGGACAGAGCAGGUGGUCCUCAUUGACAGCCAGCUCCACUCACCUGAGGGCCUGGCAGUUGACUGGGUGCAUAAGCAUAUCUACUGGACCGACUCCGGCAACAAGACCAUCUCUGUGGCCACUGUGGAUGGUGGCCGGAGAAAGACACUCUUCAGCCAUGACCUGAGUGAGCCUCGAGCCAUUGCUGUGGACCCGCUCCAUGGGUUCAUGUACUGGUCCGACUGGGGUGACCAAGCCAAGAUCGAAAAAUCAGGCCUGAAUGGAGUAGACCGGCAGGUGUUAGUUCUGGACAACAUCGAGUGGCCCAAUGGUAUCACCCUUGAUUUGCUAAGCCAGCGUCUCUACUGGGUGGACUCCAAGCUGCAUCAGCUCUCCAGCAUCGACUUCAAUGGUGGUAACCGGAAGGUCCUUAUCUUCUCGGUGGACACCCUGAGCCACCCCUUUGGAAUUGCAGUGUUUGAGGAUAAGGUGUUCUGGACAGACCUCGAGAACGAAGCCAUCUUCAGCGCCAACCGGCUGAACGGUCUCGAAAUCUCUGUCCUGGCCGAGAACCUCAACAACCCUCAUGACAUCGUCAUCUUCCACGAACUGAAGCAGCCGAAAGCUCCCGACGCCUGUGAGCAGAGCUCCCAGCCCAACGGCGGCUGUGAAUACCUGUGCCUUCCUGCCCCCCAGAUCUCCAUCCACUCCCCCAAGUACACCUGUGCCUGUCCUGACUCCAUGUGGCUGGGCCCAGAUAUGAAGAGGUGCUAUCGAGCCCCUCCAUCUACCUCAACAACGACACUGGCCUCCACCACCAUGAGGACCCCUGGCACAAGUCUUUUCACCACUGGCCCCGUCUCCCUCCCAGGCCACGAGAGGAAUCAGAGCUCGGGGCCCUCCCCAAGCGAGCCCCCCAUCAGCCCAUCUCCACCAGGGGUCCCCAUGCUGGGAAACAGCAACCACUCACAGCACUAUGGGACCAUGGGUGGCAAGCUGGUCUCAACAGCCACGGCUGCCAUCAUCGGCAUCAUCGUCCCUGUGGGGGUCAUCGCCUUGCUGGGCAUGAGCGGCUACCUGAUUUGGAGGAACUGGAAGAGGAAGAACACAAAAAGCAUGAACUUCGACAACCCUGUGUACAGGAAGACGACAGAGGAAGAGGAUGAGGAUGAGAUUCACAUCGGGAGGACGGCCCAGAUUGGGCACGUCUACCCUGCACGUGUGGCACUGAGCCUUGAAGAUGACGGAUUGCCAUGAGGAGGAGCGCCCCUCCGUGCCUGACAACAUCAAACACAUGCACUGGACUCUUUCUGGACACUGGAUGGAUGGAUGGAUGGAUGGAUGGACGGAUGGAUGGACGGACGGAUGUGUUUCUUCGCCUGCGGUUAUGCGUGCGUGUGUGCGUGUGAACGAGGGAGCGAGAGUGCGCGUCUGUGUGCGUGCUUGUGAUUCUUUUUUCAAAUUUAUGUUGCAGAAAGGUAACCACAAAGUUAUAAUGACCUGCAGACAUCCAAAGGAUGUGAGAGUUUUGUAUGUAUAAUGUUUUAUACGCGUCUUACCUGGCUGCACUAGCCAUAAGGAAGAGCAGAGCAGCCCCUGCUGAGCAACUAACGUGACGGAUGGAGCCAGACCCCACCACCAGGACAGGGGCUGGCCCGCCGUUCUAAAAUUAUAUUUAUAGAGGGUGUUUAGGGGGGUUUUGUAAAUAAAAUGAAGACGCUUUGUGGCUAUCCAUCAACAUAAGUUAAAAAACAGAACAAACCCAUGAGCCCCUUCAUGUCCUCCCCACCCCCCUACACCCCAUCUAGAAUAUUUAUUAACAUAUUUCGCAGAAAAGAGCUGUAAAUAAUUUAGAGGUGAGAGUAUUUAUUUUGGGGUACGUGUGGCUCGCUGUGUAUAGACUGGGGGCCGUCAGAAGGAACAGACCUUCACGGACGUUGAAAUAAGAACAGUCUGGCUGAAAAGCCCCAAGGUCACAUCGCUCAACAAGGAGGGUCCGGGAUGGCUUUGGAGGCACUUGGAGAAAUGCGGCUGGAGCUGCUGACGGAGCUCAGACAUCCGGUGGAAGAGCAGGAGGGUCCCCUUCACUUCUGCUCCAUCUCCAAAGGGCAAAGCUGGCCAGAGCUCCGUCACCAGUGGACAAGACAGCAGCAUGGAGAACCUUCCCUGGGUUGGACUUCCGUUCCUAAGGCCAGUGCGCUCUUUUGUUCAAUGCUGGAAAUACCUGGAGGCCCCUGAGCCAGAGCUGGAGCCCGAGAGUGUCGUCUGGGUCUGUAAAACAAGGUCUCCGGUAGAGAAGAUUAGGGGAUCUCUGAGGCCUCUCCUAGCCCUGAUUUUGUGUUCUAGGCCCCUCCCAGGCCUGACCUUCCCUGCUCUGAAUUCCGUUCUCUAUCCCAAAGGCCUUUGCACCCUGGACAUUUUAUAUUUUAAUACUCUGUGUUCUGAUUCGCCGGUUGGCAGGGUCGGUGCCCUUGUCUGGUCCCUUUAUUAUCUCCCAGGCCCCUAGUGCAGCUGAUCAGGUGUUAUUUCCAGUCUUACAGAAGAGGAAACCUGGCAGCCCUCAGCCGAGAGCCAGAUAGCCAGUCGAUCCACAAGCACUGAGUAAGUGCCAAGCACUGUCCAGUCACUGGGCGUACAGAUACAAAAAGAGACAGCCCUGCCCUCGAUGGGCUUACAUUCUAGUCCGUCUCAGAGCUUUAACAAGUGACAUUUGGGUCCUUUUGAGGUGGAGAACUCUGGAGCCAAUGUCCCAUGGGGAGUGGGGUUGUGAUUUUCCUUCUGGCCCUUGUUCCAGGGGACUGAUCCGUUCAUCCCAAGGCCCCCUGCAGGCUGUUGGGUGUGCUCUUCUCCAUCGGGCACUGGAGUCCUCCCAGGCCAGAGGCCUGGUGCAGCGGUGUCCAUCUACCCUGCUAUGAUCAACUUGUGGCCUGUUGGAGCUCAGGAAGGCAUCCAGCCCUCCACUGGGGGUGGGGGUGGGGGUGGGGUAGGAUGUCCCUGAAGGAGAGAACCAAGGAAUGACUAAAGGAGAGCCUGACUGGAAAUCGGGAAGAGCCCUGGAUAUGCAGGAGGACUUGAGUUCAAAUUCCGCUUCCGACACUACCUGUGUGAGCCUCAGUUAUACUCUCUGUGAAUUGAGGAGAGGGGCCGAUGAUUCAUAGUCUCCAGAGCUAGAAGGAAUCUCAGAGGCCAGCUGGUCCAACAUUCUUAUUUUACAGAGAAGGAAACUGAGGCCCUGAGGAGAGGUUAAGUGACUUACAUGUGAGGCUGUAGAUCUAGAAGCUGUAGGGAAACAAAUGCCCUUCUCGAAGAGCUGGUACAGUGGAGAGAAUGCUUGAAGAGCCAUGUUCAAAUUCAACUGCUAAAUGAGAUAAUAUUUGUAAAGCACUUAGCACAGCUCCUGGCACAUAGUAGGUGCCUAAUAAAUACUUGUUCCUUUCUUUCUUCCUCACUAGCUGUGUGACCCUGGACAAACCAGUAUCCCUAUCCAAGCCUCAGUUUCCUCCAGUGUAAGAUGGCGGUAACAACAGAACUCCUUUCCCCCUCCCCCCCAGGGAUGAUGUGAGGCUCAGUGAGCACCUUUGCAUACCUUGAAACCCUCUAAAGUGGUCAGCCAUUAUUUCCUAGAUGGAGGAACUGAGGCACAGGUUAAGUGGCAUGCCCAUGGCCACACAGCUCAUAGAGCUGAGACUCCAACCCAGGGACUACAUUGGUAGAGGGAAGUCCCAGGGGAGGGAACUCCCUCCACCAGUGAAGAUCAGCACCUUCUGUUCAAUUCUGUUGCCUUAGGGAGUGGCCAGGCUGUGUCAGGGCAGGAUUUGAACCCUGACCUUUCCUAGUUCCCAAGCUGGCUGUCCACUCCACUCCCCUGAUGCCUCUCCAAACCCAGGAUUUCUGCCACCCCAAGGCAGUGGAGAGAAUGAGACGUGACCCAUGGGCGCUGGCUUCUCAUCUUUUCCUCUCUGCCUUUUUUUUGGGGGGGGGCAGGGAGAAAAAAUGUUCAAGGGUAAAAAUGGUUCCUUCCCCUAAUCUAGUUCAGACCCAAGAAACUCUUUUCUGAUCCUUGUUAGGGGCAACAAGAGAGGUCAUAACCAUUGUCAAGAUCAUUUCUGAGAAACAAAUAAAUGGCUCAUUGUUUAUUCCCAGGUCUGACAUCCCCGCACAGGGAAGUGUGUGGGUUACAGCUUUGUAAAUAAGUGGGGUGAGUCUGAAUUUCUGUGUCUACAAAUAUAUAAGGUAUAGGUCACUUUCUUGGUAGAAACCCAACCUAACCCACGGGGGCUUAUUAUUCUCUUUGUGAGCAACCUAGCCCCUUCACUGCCCUGCCUAUGGGAUGGACUUUUCUUGACCCUUUCCCUGCUCAGCUCCAGCUCCUGCUCACACCAGUCACCCACUGAACCCAUUGACCGCACCAUGGAAGGGCUGGCAUCCACUAUUGCCAUGUUCCCUUCAUAUACCUGGGAAAGGACAAUGCCAUUCACUGGUGGCCCUAGAUUGUUCUGAAGCAAGGCUUGUUGAACCUAGAACACCCAGUCAUGUCCUGCUAGGAUGGGCCUAGCUCCUUUCUCUGGGGACCAUGCAGUCAUCGUCUUGGCUGUGGGACAGAAACACAAAGGUUUGUGCUUGGCGAGAGGGGGACUUGGCAGCUAUGUAAGACAAUUAGAGCUUCUUUACAAUACACCCUACUUGAAUUUGCCCUUUAUCCCCAGCAAAACAUCCGAGGUCAAUAGUAAAAAAAAAAAGAAAAGAGAGAGAGAAAGAGCUUCUGCUGUGUACUUUAGAACCCGGAACAUAGAUGAAAGACCCUUAAAGUUCUUCUAAGCCAAGCCCCUCAGUUGACUCGAGAAGAAAGGGAGGAGCAACCUAGGUGGUAAUAACCCUAAAAUCAAGGACCUGGGUUUGAAUCCUGCUCUCAGUACUGGUUUUCUGACCAUGAAUGGGUUAUUCUCUAAACCUCAGUCUCCUUGUCAGUGAACAGCAUUGGACUUAGAGCUUUAAGGUGGCCUCUUCUGGAUCUUAGGUAUUCUCAAUGUUGUCCCUUCCUUGGCUGCACCAUCCUCCUCUAGCCAACAUGUUAACCCUUCCCUUUCCUUAGAGAUCCAUGUCUUUAUUGGGAAUUUUGGGCAAUGCCUGACCUCCCACGCAUGAUACCAGCUGACAUGGCAAAUCAAGAUAGAUGGGGAGAGUCAGAGUUAUGUUGAUUCAACCAAAAAAGCCAGAAUUUCCCUUGUUCAGGGUUCUGACUAGUUGUCAAAUGCUCCUUUCUAACUAUUUCUCUAUCCUCACCUUCUAGCAUACAUUGUAAGCACCUUUUGACCUUUCAUGCUCAGGGCCUUGGCUCAAGGAAAGAUGCCCAAAUUGCACCCCCCAGAACUGGGUGGAUGGAAUCCUGGUGUGAUCCAGAGUUAGACUCAGUUCCCCCAAAUUUGUAGACAUCCUAGAGUCUGCCAAAAGAGAGAGACAUGGAGGAAAGACCUCUGAAAUUGGAAGACUUGGGUUCAAAUCCCUUUGAUGUUUAGUACACGGGAUCAUGAGAAUGCCAUUUAAAUUCUUUGGGCCUCCUCACUUUCUUUAUCCAUAAAAUGAAAGGAUUACAUGGUCCUUGAGGCAUCUUCUAACCAUGUUCUAUCCACAGUGUCUUGUAGAUGUCCUAGCUGGUGCUCUGUCUGGAGCAAUGUCCAUCCCUGACCUUCCACUGUGUAGACAUCUCAGUGUUCAAUCAAGAGCUGUGUCUACACUGUUGGAAGCAGGAGAGGUCCUCACCAUUUUUCAUAUCCAUAGAUCCAAAUUCUUUGACACAGACAAGAACAAUUCAAGUGACUGGAUGAGAGGGUGGGGCAUGUUUUCAUGUCAAUAUUGUGUCUCCCUGCAAUUCUUUCUUGAGUAUGAAGAAGAAAAUGGAGGCUCUAUUGCAUCAUCUGAAGACAGGCCCCAAUCAUCAUAUUCCAUGAAGAUCAGUGAACCCACAAUCCUCUUAUAGCAUAGCAAUGAGUCAGGCAUAAUAAGAGAGUUCCCCAAGUAAAUCAUUCCCUUUUCACCAUCACUGCAUGAAGGUAGAGUAUCUGAAGUAAGGCAUUCAUUGUAUGUUUAGCCUUAGGGGCCUUUGGAGGCCAGAGGCCCUCCAAAGAGGGGACAGACAGAUCUGCUUUGGGUUUCCAGUCCUUGUCCUAAAUCAAGGAAGCCCUCUGUCCUCUCAGGCCAUUCACCAUGUGCAUGGCCCAGGAUCAGCAGGAAACCAUUUUGUACCCAUCAUUUGACA